AUGUGGCAUCAAAUCAAUCCAGGUUCAUGCAUUAACUCUCCCUCGUUUGUGACAACAGGACUGGAAGAGAGUUCAAUGGAUUCCUUCCAAACCUGUCCCAUGGAACACCUCUCUCCCGAUACUGACCAAAUCUCAGACGAUUUCAUUUGUUGCGUUUGUUUGGAUCUUCUUUACAAGCCAAUAGUUCUGCAUUGUGGUCAUAUAUCAUGUUUCUGGUGCGUUCAUAGAUCAAUGAAUUCUCGAUGCGAGUCUCGUUGUCCGGUUUGUAGAAACCCAUAUUCUCAUUUUCCAGGCAUCUGUCAAAUGCUUCACUUCUUGUUCUUAAAGUUAUACCCGCCUACAUACAAAAAUAGGGAAGCUCGGAUUCUAGAGGAGGAAAAGAAAAGAGACUGCUUUUCGCCGGAAUUCAGUGAUCAUGCAUGUGGAUCGGAGGCUGAUGGAGAAAUUAAUCACCUCAGAAGCUCUUCGAAGCCUUCUAAUUUUUCAGACUCUUCUUCUACCAGCAAAGAGGAACUAAAUAAACCAGUUGGGCAUAUAGAGUCUUGUGUUUCUGUGGAGGAAAAGGACCAGAUUUCAGUUGCGGAUGUGCUAUGUACUGCUUGCAAGCAAUUGCUUUUUCGUCCUAUUGUUCUUAUCUGUGGUCAUGUUUAUUGUCAAACCUGCAUCAGUAUCCCUGCUGAUGAGAUGCUUAGGUUUCAAGUUUGUCAAUGUUUGCAUCCAAGGGGUCUUCCAAAAGUCUGCUUGACACUCGAUCACUUUUUAGAGGCUAAAUUCCCCAACGGGUAUGCACUGAGAAAAGAUGCUAUUCAGCUCAAACAAGCUUCUUCCAAUCAUGGGAGACUAUCCACUUGUUCCAUGGAAGCCGGUAAAAGAGAUCUCUCACCUGUCCAGUUGCCCUCAGGCAUGGAUCUUCGUCCCCAUACUCAUAUAGGAGUUGGUUGUGAUGCUUGUGGGAUGUCUCCAAUAGUUGGGGAUAGAUACAGAUGCAAGGAUUGUACAGAGAAAAUGGGAUUUGAUCUUUGUGGAGAUUGCUAUAAAACUAGACCUAACCUUCCAGGCAGGUUCAACCAGAAACACACUCCAGAUCAUGAAUUUGAGCUUAUGAAGCGCGACAUUACCCAAAGGUUGAGGCUGUUGACUGAACAACUAGAGAAUGGUUUUACUUCUAUUGUCCUCGUCAAUGAAUCUUCAGAUAAUCUGGAAAAGGACUAGUAUCGGGCACAAUUCAUGAAAAUAUUCACAAUAAUGUACCCGCAUUGUAUUUUGAGAUUGAUAGCAUGGAAGACGAAGACGACGAAGAUGAGGAUGAAGAUGUAGAUGGAAAUAUUGGUGCUCUAUUGGUUGAUUGAUAUCCGUUGUAGUUUCUAGUGAUAGGAAGUGGUGAAUUACUUGUAGAUCUUGGUUUUUCGUUAAGCAACAUUCAAAUUCCAUCUUUACAACGAAAACCUUGUUGAUUUU